AUGUCUACUCCCUCGAUAGCAACAACCCUCUUACCUGCUCACCAUAGCCAGUAUGGUUAUGCCCAUCAAAACCUAUAUUCGCCGAGUACCCGCCCUUACCCCACUACCAACACACUACCUGCACCUCAGCGGCUGAACACUUCGUUUCAUUCCUAUCCCAGUACCGCUCAGUACCAGCGACCUCAACCAUCCCCAGCAAUCUCUUACAGAGGGCCGUCACACGCUUCCACAAUGCCUCCGUCUCAGUCCACCUCCACCCUUUCCGAUGCUCAUCUCAGAAGACAGCCGGACUGGAGUGAAUUUUACAAGAACGGGAUCCCGAAAGAAAUCAUUGUUAUUGACGACGACAGUCCUGAGCCUCAAGGGCCAGGAGACGCUUCGAAAAGGCAGCAGGGAGAAGAUGCCGGGGGUUACGGUUCCAACGCAGGCCGGAAAAGAAAAGUUGAUGACGGUUACGAGAUCGAAUACACAGACAGCCCGACAUAUUCGACGCACCCGGCCAAAUUUGGUGCAUCAUCCUCGUCCGCCUCUUAUCAUUCUGGUGACCGAACCACUUCUCUCCAGACCGUGACAGCGCCAACCUCACUUGAAUCGUAUGGCAGCAACCCUGCUAGCAACAGUUAUGAAGAUGUCAGAACAGGACAAAAGCGGAAACGGGUAACAUCCCAAAAAGAGACUCGAGCACAAGCAGCAAAGAGAAAACAACAAGAAUCUGCCCCGGACGCUUUUGAAGACUAUGUCCCCCCUCCAAAACCUCUGCGAAAAGCCGCGGAUGUUCACGUCCCGAUAAUACGUGAUACAGAAAGGCAUAAGAAUAUGAAAGUGGAUGAUGAUGAUGGACAUUACAUCGUGACUCCCGGCACGAAGCUUGCUGACCGAUAUGAAAUUAUCAAGCUGCUUGGGCAAGGCACUUUUGGCAAAGUGGUCGAGGCUUUCGAUUCGCGAAAGAAGACAAAAUGCGCCGUCAAAAUUAUUCGAUCCGUGCAGAAGUACCGCGAUGCUUCUCGGAUCGAGCUGCGUGUGCUUUCUACACUUGCUCUGAAUGACAAAACCAACCGCAACAAGUGCAUCCAUCUACGGGACUCCUUCGACUUUCGGAACCACAUCUGUAUAGUUACGGACCUCCUGGGACAGAGUGUGUUCGAUUUCCUCAAGGGAAAUGGCUUUGUGCCCUUCCCAAGUUCGCAAAUUCAGAGCUUUGCCCGGCAGUUGUUCACAAGCGUCGCCUUCCUGCACGAUCUGAACCUCAUCCACACGGAUCUCAAACCAGAAAACAUCCUGCUGGUUCAGAACGCCUACCAGACCUUUACCUACAACCGCUCGAUACCUUCAUCAUCUCAUACAACGUCAAGAACUGCUCGACAGCGCCGAGUCCUUCUGGACAGUGAAAUUCGCUUAAUAGACUUUGGCUCAGCCACCUUUGACGACGAGUAUCAUUCCUCUGUGGUAUCGACCAGGCACUACAGAGCACCUGAAAUCAUUCUGCAACUGGGAUGGAGUUUCCCUUGCGACAUUUGGAGCAUAGGGUGUAUCAUUGUGGAGUUCUUCACGGGCGACGCAUUAUUCCAAACGCACGAUAAUCUCGAGCAUUUGGCUAUGAUGGAAGCCGUGUGCAACGGCAAGAUCGACGCCAAAUUGGUCAAGCAAGUAUGCUCGGGGGGUCGUGGAGCCAACGCAAACUCCGCCGCCAAGUUCUUCAAUAGAGGGAAGUUGGAAUAUCCCAACAACGAAACAUCAAAGGCAUCCAGAAAAUAUGUCAAGGCGAUGAAGCAUCUUCAUGAAUUCAUUCCCGCCUCCAGCCCGUUCAACAGGCACCUCCUUGACCUGUUAAGGAAGAUUUUCGUGUAUGACCCGAAGAAUCGGAUCACGGCAAAAGAAGCCCUCAAACAUCCUUGGUUCAAAGAAACCCUUGUUGAUGACGGUACUGAAGCAAUUCGGAUACGCGAGGAACGCGCUGUUCAGACCCAGGCCGGCCCAGAUCCGAAGCGACCGCGAAUGAAUCAAUAA